CUAGAAUCCUCUUCUCUCCUCCACCGCUCUUCAAUAUAUAUAUAGUUCGAUUUGUAAUUCUCUCCAUAGGAUUGUUUACAGAGAAAUUAGGAGGAAAUUAGAAAGGAAAUAAAUUAGUUAAAAUGGCGGAGGCAACGGGAGCCAUUGAUGAAGCAAGCAACAUGAAGGUGAUAUUGAAACACUAUGUGUCGGGUUCACCUCAAGAAACAGACAUGCACUUGACUGCAGGAACCAUCAAACUUAAAGCACCAACCGACUCUAACGCAGUUGUUGUCAAGAAUCUUUUUCUCUCCUGCGAUCCCUACAUGGUUUUCAAAAUGAUGAAGCUCGACAGACAUUACUCUGAAUCCUACACUCCUGGCUUGCCUAUUACUGGAUAUGGCGUGGCUAAAGUUUUGGAUUCUUCACAUCCAGACUUCAAAAACGAUGAUUUGGUUUGGGGGCUGACUGGUUGGGAAGAGUAUAGUCUGAUUACAGAGACAAAUCACCUGUUUAAGAUUCAACACACAGAUGUUCCUCUUUCCUACUAUGCUGGAAUUCUUGGUAUGCCUGGUAUGACUGCAUAUAUUGGUUUCUAUGAGCUUUGUUCUCCUAAGACAGGAGAAUAUGUCUUUGUUUCAGCAGCAUCUGGUGCAGUGGGUCAGCUCGUGGGGCAGUUCGCAAAGCUGCAAGGUUGCUAUGUCGUUGGAUGUGCUGGAAGCAAUGAGAAGGUUGAUCUAUUGAAGAAUAAAUUUGGAUUUGACGAGGCUUUCAACUAUAAAGAAGAGCCAGACUAUAAUGCAGCAUUGAAAAGGUCAGUAUAUGUAGCAAUUUUACUUGCAACUGAAGUGAAAUCUGAUGUGCAAUUGUUCUUCCCUGAAGGCAUCGACAUUUACUUCGACAACGUAGGAGGAAAGAUCCUGGAUGCUGUUCUACUCAACCUGAGAGUCUAUGCUCGCAUUGCAGUGUGUGGGAUGAUCUCUCAAUACAACCUUGAACAGCCUGAAGGGGUACACAAUUUGACGUCGAUCGUGAUGAAACAAGUACGAAUGCAAGGAUACCUGGUCUUUGAUUACUAUCACCUCUACCCAAAGUACCUUCAAAUGAUAUUGCCAAUGAUUAGAGAAGGAAAAGUUGUGUAUGUUGAAGACAUAGCCGAUGGCCUGGAGAAUGCUCCAGCUGCACUAGUUGGCCUCUUCAGUGGCCGCAACAUUGGCAAACAGGUGGUUGCAGUUAAUUGUGUGUGAUCCAAAUUGAAAUCAAAGGCUUAUUUACCGUUGAUUACUUUGUUUAAAUCAAUAAACUUGGAAACUGCCUUUUAAAUUCAAUCGAUGAACUUGGAAAUUGGAAUAUCCAUUCUUUUGCCAAUACUUAAUUUCAUAGUUUGGGGUCAAUAAUUAUUAU